AUGGCUUCUCCCGCUACCACAACAAUUUCUCUCGUCGGCCCUCCGCAGAUCCACCGGAAGUCUACCUCUCCCACCGCCCCCGCCACCGCCGCCACGGGAGAUCCGUUCAUGGACAUCAUGGUUGCCAAAUUCAACAAGACGGCGGCCACGGCACCCCUCCCACCCAAGGGCUUCACCGAGAACUUGUCUCCGACCUUCCUCUCUUCCGGAAACCCCUGCCUCGACUUCUUCUUCCAUGUCGUCCCCGACACGCCGCCGGAAGCCCUCGCCCAGCGCCUGAAUCUCGCCUGGGAAGAUGACCCGCUUAAGGCUCUGAAGCUCGUCUGCAACCUCCGCGGCGUUCGCGGCACCGGAAAGACCGACAGGGAGGGCGGCUACACGGCGGCGCUGUGGAUCCACAAGAACCACCCAAAGACCCUCGCCUGCAACGUCGCUUCCCUGGCUAAGUUCGGUUACUUCAAGGACCUCCUCGAGAUCCUCUUCCGCCUCGUCGAGGGCCCCAACGCUCGUACACAGGCUAAGGCGGCUUACCGGAGUUGGAAAUCGAGGGGCUCACGCCGGGCUCGCGAGCUUGCCAAACGCCGGCAGGCCAAAAAACCCAAACAGAUGGCCCCACGAUAUGGCGGCAUAAGGAAGAAGACCCAUGGCCGGAUGAGGAGGACAUCCAACCGGCCGAGCAACUCGAAUGACCAGCCGAAACUAAGCAAUGAGGAGAAGAGGCUCGAGCGGGCGAAGAAGGCCUUUGAGAGGUUCAGCCGCGACCCGGAUUACAGAUUCCUCCACGAGCGUGUGUCGGAUUACUUUGCCCUGUGCCUGAGGUCGGACAUGGAGAAUCUGAAUUCCGGCCAAUCGAAUAAAAUCAGCCUUGCCGCCAAGUGGUGCCCCUCCCUCGACUCCUCAUACGACCAGGUCACUCUGCUUUGUGAGCCAAUUGCCAAGAAAGUCUUCCCGAGGGAGGAGUUUCCGGAAUACCAAGGAGUGGAGGAGGCCCACUAUGCUUAUCGUGUUCGGGACCGUCUACGUAAGCAAGUGCUUGUCCCUCUUCGUAAAGCCCUCGAGCUGCCGGAGCUCUACAUGAGCGCGAAACAGUGGAGUACACUCCCUUACAGCAGGGUGUCCUCUGUUGCCAUGAAAAUGUACAAGCAGGUGUUUCGAGAGCAUGAUGAGCAGAGGUUCGGAGAGUAUCUCGAAAAGGUGGAGAAGGGUGAGGCCAAGAUUGCCGCUGGAGCUCUGCUUCCGCACGAGAUAGUUGCCGGACUUAAAGAUGGUGACAACAGCCAGGUGGCAGAGCUUCAGUGGAGGAGAAUGGUGGAUGACCUGGCGAAGAAGGGGAAGAUGAGCAACUGCCUAGCGAUUUGCGAUGUUUCCGGGAGCAUGAAUGGUGUGCCGAUGGAGGUUUCGGUGGCUCUUGGGGUUUUGGUUUCGGAGCUUAGCGAGGAGCCUUGGAAGGGAAAACUCAUCACAUUCAGCGCAAACCCCAAGAUUCAAGAUGUGGUGGGGUCGAGUUUGGCGGAGAAGACGAAUUUUGUAAGGACUAUGGAGUGGGGUAUGAACACUGAUUUCCAAAAGGUGUUUGAUUUGCUGCUUGAAGUUGCCGUGGCCGGAAAGCUCAAGCCGGAGCAGAUGAUCAAGCGGCUUUUGGUGUUCAGUGACAUGGAGUUUGAUCAGGCACGGUACAAGGGCCCACCACCAUCAUAUGGAGGUAUUGGGUAUGGCAGUGGGUAUGGUGUGGGUGGGUAUGGUGGGUAUGGUGGUGGGUAUGGUGGUGGGUAUGGUGUGGGUGGGUAUGGUGGGUAUGGCAUUAUUCCGAUUGGCGCACCAGGUCUUUCGAUGGGCCCACCAUCAUAUACGUUACCUUACCCACCCCCACCAUCAUAUACCUUACCGGGCGUUGUUGGGACUCCCAGGACGUGGGAAACUGAUUAUGAGGCGAUUGUGCGGAAGUUUGGUGAGAAGGGUUAUGGGGAAUGUGUGCCGGAGAUUGUGUUUUGGAACUUGAGGGACUCACGGGCAACCCCGGUGCCGGCAAACCAGUCGGGAGUGGCGCUUGUGAGUGGUUAUUCAAAGAAUAUGAUGAAGGUGUUUUUGGAGGAAGGUAAAAUUAUCAGUCCCCAGGCUGUUAUGGAUCAGGCGAUUGCGGGCAAGGAGUAUGAAGAGCUGGUUGUGCUGGAUUGA